UAUGAAUUAGACCCAACUCCUACAAAACCCCUACCUCAAAAAGCCUCCUUCGUUCUUCUUCCUAGCUAGUCUUGAAAAACCCCAAAACCCAAAAAAAAUACUUUCCGCAAUUUCCAACAAGUAGAGCCCCCUCUUUGUGAAUAAUUCACCAAAUUCCUAUCUUCUCUCCGCCAAAAUCCAACAAAGAUAAAUUCAUUCAAAUCUCAUAACCGCCAAACAAUCUUUUCAAAUUCAAGAAUCAUGGUAAAAGACCAAGAUGAAACGGAGUUACUCAACACUUACUUCACAAAUGGCACAGAAAUUGAAAUCAGCAGUGACGAAGAAGGCUUUCGAGGGGCGUGGUAUGAAGGAAGAGUCAUACGCCCCAUUCUCAAGAAACAAAGAAGAAACAACAACGAUGACGACGAAAGUAACAAGAAGCUACGUGUCUUGGUUGAGUACAAAACACUAAUGGCUGAUAAAAAAGGGAAAAAACCAUUGAAAGAAACUAUGAGUUUAAUUCAACUACGACCACGACCACCACCUGAAAAGAAAAGGAAGUUUAAGGUUAGUGAAGAAGUGGAUGCUAAUUACAAUGAUGGGUGGUGGGAAGGUGUGGUUAUGGAAGUGUUGGGUAAUGGGAGGUAUUCUGUGUUCUUUAGAGGAACAAGAGAUCAGCUUGAAUUUGAUGAGUCACAGAUGCGUAUACAUCGCGAGUGGGCUAAUGGCGAGUGGACCCCACCGUUUAACGAAGUAGGAGAAGGCCAAGAAAAUGAAGAUAAGGCGAAACUUGUACCUACUGAAAUUAGACCCAACAACGAAGCUGCAGAAAAUUUUAGUGUAGGGUCAUUAGUCGAGGUCAGCAGUGAUGAAGAAGGUUUUGAGGGUGCUUGGUUUGCUGCAACUGUUGUUAAGCUUUUAGAUAAUGGUAACUACCUGAUUGAGUAUCACAACCUAAGAAACAAUGACGAUACAGAUUUUUUGCAAGAAGAAACUGAUCGUUUGCAUGUACGACCACCUCCACCUGAUAUUGGACCUUUUAAAAGCUUCAAAGUCCUCGAAGAAGUUGAUGCUCAGCACAAUGAUGGCUGGUGGGUGGGUGUGAUUUCUAAAGUACUUAAAGGUCAGAGAUACAAGGUUUACUUUAAGGGGAACAACGAGGAGUUGGAGUUUAAACAUGCUGAUAUAAGGCUGCAUCUGGACUGGAUUAACGGCAAAUGGGUCAGAGCUUCCCAGGUUGUGUUUGAUUCCUGUGUGUACUCAUAGACCUUCUGAACCCCAGCUUGGCUAAACACUGUGAUACUGUAAUGUGUGUGGAGAGACAAACAACAGAAGGCAUUGAAGUUGUGAUCUUCGAGAAAUUGCAACGUUGGGAGAUCUGCAAUCAGGAUUUGUAAUGUAGCUUCUGAAUGGUUUGACAGAUUCUGCAGUUUGUUUAGGAUUGUAACUUGUUGGGAGCCUCAACCCAAUCAAUGAAUGCCUUCCAUGAAAAUAGUAAUUUGUAUUACAUAUAUAGGAUGUGCCUUCUUGGAUUUAAAAUAUAGGCCUUCAAGAAUAUGAAAAUGAACUCUGUAUUACUCCUCGAGAGAAACCUAAGGUCUUUCCAUGUCUCAAUAUUGUUGUGUUAAUUUCAAUUGUGUGUGUAGUGUAAGCCAAGCCUAUGCAUAACUUUAGUUGUUGUCAACUUUAAUCAUUAAAGAACUAUCUUC